AUGGUGGCUUUCAUAGCCAUAACGAACCACCUCGUUCCAGCCGUCGCAACGAUCUCACUCGGCCACGACGAUGUCAACGACUACGCCUGGCUCACGGGGUCCCAGCCGUGCAGCCCCGUCCUGAUCUCCACGGUCGGGUCGUCCGAGUGCGGUGUCGAAUUUGACAUCGCCAGCAGCGGCGAUGUAUCUACAUAUCGACUGCAGCAAUGUGGAGAGGCCGAGUUCCAGCUCCAGGAACACGCCGGCGGGGAUGGGUGGGCGUUCACUGCGUAUUGUGAGCCGACCCUGGAAGGGAGUGGCCGCAAGGAUUGCACCUCUUCAACUGGCCAGGGAACUGUGCUCGAGGAGUGGAGAUGUGGAUGA